CAGUCUAUCGCCGUCGGUGCCGGACGAGAGUUGGUGAAAGCCACCAACCAGCUGCAGCAGCCUACUGUGUGCGAAAAACAAACAAAACAAACAGAAAGCGAUAUGAAUCACUCUGUCUGACGUUUUUGGCAGAUUGCGGCAACGCGCGAGCGACAAUCGGGUUCUCAGUGUGUGAAAACAGUGCUGCAGUUAGUUGUACAUAGUAAUAUGAGAAGUUUGCUGUUUUUCGUGGAAUAAGAAAGGAAUACAUUAGCCCCCGGCUCCCAUCAUCAUGGAUUGCGGAUUGUGACCUAGAAUUAGUGCGCUCCCCGGGCAAGCCAAGUCCAAGGCCGUUCGUUCAGAGGCCACACAGGAGCAGCUGACUUUGGUGGUGAAAACAACAAACGGGGGGGAAAAUACCGCAUCAUUCGGGGUGAGAAAAUUUUGUUAUUCGCGUGUGUGUUAUAAGACUGGAAUUUCAUACACGGGGCUGGCUGAGACGUGAUAUCGAAAGCGGUUAUAUUGCAUAACCGACGUCUCACCGACGACGACGACGGGGCGAAAGCGUUCGAGAUUGUGAAAUUAAAUCGAUUUUUUUAACAGCGUCAGUCAGUCAGUCAGUCUGUGAUGGAAUUAAGUGGCAAUCGGUUCUAAAAAAAGAAGUAAUGAUAACAACUGUCGUUAAAUAGUCGAAAUCUCAAAUCGCGAGUGAUGAUGUCCCGUCCCGAGUUCGAACCGACAGCCGGGUCCAACAGAAGAGCGUCAACCUCUUCGUCGUCAACGCUGGUCGAACGCUAUCGGAGAAAAAGUGGUGCCGAUAUUGUUGCAGCACAGCAACGACGGGCUUCCUCUGCCCUACUGUUGUCCGGCGGUUGUCCCUCGGUGACGUCCUGUUCCAGCUUCGAGGACGACUGGUGCAUCUAUGAGCUGCUUCCGGCGCCCCGAGAAAUCUUCGUCAACCGCUCACUCCAUCUGGAGAACAUCAAGUUCUAUGGAUUCGACAUGGACUACACAAUCGCGGAGUACAAAUCGCCCCAGUACGAACAGCUCGGUUUUCAUCUGGUCAAGGAACGCCUGGUCAACCUAGGCUACCCGGUGGAAAUUCAACAGUUCGAGUACGAUCCGUCCUUUCCGGUGCGAGGUCUCUGGUUCGAUUCGCUGUACGGUAAUCUGCUGAAGGUUGAUAGCUAUGGAAACAUUCUGGUGUGCGUGCAUGGCUUCGAGUUUUUGAAACAUUCCCAGGUGUACGAGCUGUAUCCGAACAAAUUUCUUCAGCUGGACGAGAGUCGGGUGUACGUGUUGAAUACGCUGUUCAAUUUGCCGGAGACUUAUCUGCUGGCUUGUAUGGUGGACUUUUUUACCAAUUCGCCCCAGUACGCGGAACAGGUGGACAAAACUGGCGUCAAGUACGGUGAACUGUUUAUGUCCUUCAAAUCGAUCUUCCAGGAUGUGCGGGGUGCGGUCGAUUGGGUGCAUCUGUACGGUGAUUUGAAGAAGAAAACACUGGAGAAUCUCGACGAAUACGUCAAAAAGGACGAACGUCUGCCGAUGGUCCUGUCCCGAAUCCGCGAAUCGGGUGCGAAAAUAUUUCUCCUAACCAACAGCGACUACAACUUCACCAACCGCAUCAUGACGUUUCUGUUCGACUUUCCGCACGGUGCCAAACCGGAGGAUCCCCAUCGCGAUUGGAAGACCUACUUCGACACGAUCGUGGUAGAUGCCCGGAAGCCACUGUUCUUCGGCGAAGGAACCAUCCUUCGGCAGGUAGAUUCGACAACGGGGGCCCUCCGUGUGGGAACCCACAUGGGACCACUGCAGGCCAAUCAGGUCUACUCGGGUGGUUCGUGUGACGUUUUUACCAAACUGAUCGGCGCCAAGGGUAAGGAUGUGCUGUACGUGGGGGAUCACAUUUUCGGGGAUAUUCUGAAGAGUAAGAAAAUUCGUGGCUGGCGUACAUUCCUGAUCAUACCGGAGCUGGUGCAGGAGCUGCACGUGUGGACCGAUAAGUGUCAGCUGUUUGCCGAACUGCAGCGGCUGGACGUGAAGCUGGGUGAUUUGUAUAAAAAUUUGGAUUCGAGUGCCAAAGAGAAACCGGACAUUUCGUCGGUUCGGACGGCGAUCCGGGAUGUGACGCACAAGAUGGAUCUGGCGUACGGUAUGAUGGGAUCGCUGUUUCGGUCCGGUUCGCGGCAGACGUUCUUCUCCGGUCAGGUCGUUCGGUACGCCGAUCUGUACGCGGCAACGAUCAUGAAUCUGAUGUACUACCCUUUCUCGUACAUGUUCCGAGCACCGGCAAUGUUGCUGCCUCACGAAUCGACUGUAGCUCACGAGCAGCGGUUCACACUGGAAGCUCCGAUGAUCCAGCGAACUCGUUCCCGUAAUCCCGGAACGCCGAAUGUUGAGCAACCGCCGGAGGAACUCUUCGCGGAAGUUAGUGCCAUCGACGAGAAGGAAGCAGCCGGUCUGCUAAUUGCGGCCGGGAGUAAUGUGUCCGUUCCGCAUACCCGACCGGAGACACCUCGCUCGGUGACGCAUACCCACGAUGAGGACUAUUCGGACGAGGACAGUGAUGAUCAGAAGCGGGAGGCAAGGGCAGCGGCUGCCAGAAGGGAGGCUAACGCCGAUGAGGUUACCAAUGGUGAUCAGCAGUAAUGAAUGCAGGGUCAAAGAGGGGCCGGUGGCCGGUUGGUAGGAAUGUGUAGAUCUUGAGUUAUGGCUGUUGGGGUGCGACGAGAUCUACGUGCAUUUCCGGGUGAUGUAUUUAUUGACAAUUUUUGUGCUGGUUUUUUUUAUUUCGUUUAUUUGACACGGCUCAUAGCGGUAGCUUAACGGAGCCGUGGAUCUUUUAUGUGUUUACAUUUUGUACUGGUUUUCUUGAGAUUUUAAUUUGUGUUGCGGGUCAAAAAAAAAAAAAAACACUUCGAGCUAGUCGAGCGCGUCGGACGCUUGAAAUUGAAUUCUACUGCUAUUUUUUAUUUUUAGAAUACAUAAAACUAGAAUUAUGUUGUACUUUUAAAAUAUUUGAGAUUAUCGAAACCAUGCGUCCAAACUUGCAGUCCGUUUUUUCGAAUUUUUGUAUCUCAUGGUUGUGGAAGAAAGAAUCCGGCAUGGUUUCACUUAAAUUGGUAAGAUAUAAUCCACUGAUCAAUUACUUCUUCAUGUUGGGAAUGACCAUUUUACUGGCAGCUUACCCUUUUCCUGUUCUAUUAUUACAAUAAAAAAUGUUAGAUAGAUUUAGCAUUUAAUUUCGCUCACCUUUCGAAUAUAUUAACAAAAUUCAUUUUUUCUAUCAUCGAUGCUGAGUUCUGACAUUUCUAAUUUUCUGUUUACUUACUAUCGUGUAUUGAUGUAGCCUAGCAACGCAAUGUUGUCAUUUAUGUUCAGUAGCUCAGUGUUCACAACAUACUGUCAAUACAUUCUAAUGCAGUUUGGAAUUAAAUUAGAAGAAAUCUUCAGUUCAGUUAACAAAUCAAGUAUAUAGAUUAGAAGGUAGCUUUCGGAAGCUAUUACAAGGAGGCCUAAUUUCCACAUGCUAUAAAAAAUGAACUCUUCGAAGAACUUUUUUUGCAUCUGUUGAUGACCUUUACGAACGUUAGCACGAAUUGUGUUUUCUAGUUACGUCAAUUAUCGGAAAUUAAAUAAUCGUUAUCUGCUAGAACGCCAUAAACUCGGAAAUCUGUAUAGACAAGAGAUGAUGAAGUUUAAACUACAAAAAAUAAUUGGUGGAAAAUGUCAGGGGCAUAACCGUAUAGUGAAGGGGUGUUAGCUCAAAUAUUUAAUGGACUGUUAGGCAGCUCAGCUUAGUUCGACCGUUUUUACGGUUAUGUCAAGUACAAAAUAAAUCGCUACUGAUCCGGUGUUCGGUCAUUUGCCAAGCAAACAUGUCAGGACUUGUGCCCAGACUGUGUCUCACACAUCGAAUAGUGGCGCCCAAUCAGAGCGUCCCUUCCGAUAAUGGUUAUAUAAAUCAAUUUUUUCGAUAUUUACGAUGUUCAAUCAAAAGACAUUCAGUACAACGUUAGUUUAUCGACGUUCAAUUUCUCACAACUUGCCGGUCGCCAUUUUCUUAACUGGAUCCCCUGAAAGGUUAGACAUAGUCACGGCUAACAAAAAACGAUAACCACUAAUCGGAUUUGCCCUCUAUUUAGAACGAUGCGGUCACAGGUAAUAAGUAGUAAAUAGGAUAUAGGUAUGUUUUGUAUAGGACCUUAACAGAAGAAAUUCGAGUUUGAAAAAAAGGAAAGAGAAAAGAAUUCCGACAACAAAUGUGUAUAGUUAUUUUUUGUGUUUGUGUAACAUAAAUUCCUAACAUUGUAACCCAUAAGCAUUACAUUAGAUUGAGCAUUAUUUAUAAGCACCAGUAAGCAGCAGCACCACACACACAUACAGAGAAAAAUUAACUUGUUAAGUGUUGAGAAUUGCCUUUAACAACAGAAAAAAAAAUCUGAACAUAACAAAUAUGUAAUAACAAAACAAAAACAAUGAAUCGAACAGUAGGCGGAAAAUGCGUACAAUUGAAUCAGUGAUCACACAACAAUACAAUUAGAAAGCGCUGUUAGAGCAAAUGUUGUUGAGUUA